AUGGAUAAGUGCAACUUGGUUCAAACACCGAUGGAAGCUGGCUUAAAACUCUCUAAGGCAGCUGGAGAAAGAGAGAUUGACGCCUCAGAUUACAGAAGAAAGAUAGGCUGUCUACGAUAUAUGCUUCAUACGAGACCAGACAUGUCUUACUGUGUUGGUGUAUUAAGCCGGUUCAUGCAUUGUCCGAAAGAGUCUCAUGACGUAGCGAUCAAAAAAUGUUUGAGAUACUUGCGGGGAACGACAUCUCUAGGUUUGACAUUCCAACAUACGCCAUCAGUUGUGCCGAGAUUAAUAGGGUUUAGUGAUAGUAGCUACAACACCAAUCAAGACGACGGCAAAAGCACAAUGGGUCAUAUAUUCCAUCUCGGAGAAAGUCCAAUUACAUGGUGCUCGCAGAAACAGGACACUGUAGCGCUAUCAUCAUGUGAGGCUGAGUUCAUGGCUGGAACCGAAGCACCAAGACAAGCACUUUGGCUUCAAGAGUUGUUAAGUGAGAUCACGGGUCUUCCAUGCGAGAAGGUCGUGAUAUAUAUUGAUAAUAGGUCGGCUAUUGCUCUUACUAAGAACCCGAGAAUGCGUGGAGAGGGGCAGAUUGAAGUAGAACAUGUUCCUGGAGACAAGCAAAAGGCGAACAUCUUAACUAAAGCUUUAGGAAGAAUCAAAUUCAGAGAAAUGAGAGAUUUCAUUGGAGUACAAGAUUUGGAGAAAAGAGUUUUCAAGCUUGGAAGGGAGAAUGUUGGGAUAAGCUUGGGAUAG